AUGGAAAAUGAAGAAGAAACUCAAAAUUUAUCAAACCUCCUCAAAAAUCUUUUACAACAAUUCUCUUCGGUCACAAAUCCUGGCGAGAAAGAUGAACACCUGCAAGAAUGUGUUCAAAACUGGUUCUCUCAACACGAACGAUUCACCGAAAUUCAAAUAUUCGAGCACCUAAAACAAAUCGCUCGCAAUGAUCACGAUUACGCAUGUCUACUAGGAUUCUUUUAUGAUAAAGCAUUCGGAACACCAAGUAACCUAGAUAAAGCAUUCAAAUGGUAUCUACGAGCUGCUGAACAUAAUGACGCAUUCGGUCAAAAUAUAGUCGGGUAUUUCUUUAUGCAUGGGUAUGGCACAAAACUCAAUUAUGAAAAAGCUUUCUAUUGGUAUCAAAAAUCAGCGGAUAACGGUUGUAACCAAGCUAAAUGCAAUAUCGGAUACUGUUAUUAUUGUGGAUUUCAUGUAAAGAGAAAUCGUAGACAUGCGCUUUAUUGGUACUCUAAAAGUGCAGAGAUGCAUGAUGGAUUAAGCAAGUGUGAGUUGGCAAGAAUGUUUUUGUGGGGUAUGGGAACGAAUGCUGAUGUUCAUCGUGCCUUGAAGUUAUUUCUGGAGGCGAAAAAUUUGGCAUUCGUGCAAGUAGAUGAUUAUAUUUGUGAAGUUUUUUAUUAA